AUAAAAUAAUGCAAAAGUGGGGGGUCGCUAAUGCAUUGCCAACAACCAUUGUUUUAAUCAGCGCAUGCAUUUUAUAUAUUACAUAUUUAUGCAUAUGUAAUUAGUAGGCUAUUUACGAGGUAAGUAUUAAAUGGUAAUGGCUAAAAGAAACGUGUUUUCCAGAAGAACUACGCAGUACGCAUCAUAUUCUCUCGUGAAUGACAGUAUGGCUGCACUUCACCACCAAGCCACCAGAGGAAGAACUUGGACAAAUUCAGUUUUCUCUCUUCCCAGACUCUGCAGCCAUGUCUGUCAACGUUCAUAUCAACAGCCCAAAUGUGAGGUACACAGACACACACAUUGUGUCUCAGUAUCCCUACCAGACCACAUCAGUUCACAGAGAGGGAAACGCCAUCACAGUUACGCCCCGCACCACCGAGUUGACAUUUCGCACAGAGAGACGUGUUCCCCGGCUGGGUGUGAUGCUGGUUGGCUGGGGAGGCAACAACGGGACCACAGUCACAGCAGCUGUUCUGGCCAAUAAGCUCGGUCUCACCUGGAGAACCAAGACUGGAGAGAAGAAAGCAAACUACUUUGGCUCCCUCCUGCAGGCUUCUACUAUAUGUCUGGGCUCAGACCUCGAGGGCGAGGUCAACGUGCCCCUCUGUGACUUCCUACCCAUGGUGCACCCUAAUGAUAUAGUCUUUGAUGGCUGGGAUAUCUCUUCAAUGGAUCUUGGCAGUGCGAUGGAGCGAGCUCAGGUGUUUGACUGGUCAUUACAAGAGCAACUGAGACCACACAUGAGUCGCAUGAAACCCAGACCGUCGAUCAGUAUCCCAGAAUUCAUUGCUGCAAACCAAGAGAGUCGGGCGGACAACAUUCUUACUGGGAGCAUGGCGGAGCAGGUAGAGCAGAUCAGAGCUGACAUAAGGGACUUCCAGAAGUCGAGUGAAGUGGAUAAAAUCAUUGUUCUUUGGACCGCCAACACUGAGCGCUUCUGUGAUAUCGUACCGGGGAUCCAUGACACUGCAGAGAACCUGUUAGCUGCAAUCAAGGCUGGAGCAGCGAUUUCUCCUUCCACUCUGUUUGCAGUGGCCAGUAUACUGGAGGGUUGUGCCUACAUCAACGGCUCCCCGCAGAACACUUUUGUACCAGGCGUCAUAGAGCUGGCCGUGCAGAAAGGGGUGUUUAUUGGAGGAGAUGACUUCAAAUCCGGUCAGACCAAGAUUAAGUCAGUGCUGGUGGACUUUCUGGUCAGCUCAGGUAUUAAGCCGACCGCCAUCGUCAGCUACAAUCACCUCGGCAACAACGAUGGGAAGAACCUGUCAGCUCCACAGCAGUUCCGCUCCAAAGAGAUCUCCAAGAGCAACGUGGUGGAUGACAUGGUCCAAUCAAACCCCAUAUUGUACCAGCCUGGAGAACAACCUGACCACUGUGUGGUGAUUAAGUAUGUCCCCUAUGUGGGAGACAGCAAGCGUGCAAUGGAUGAAUACACAUCUGAAAUAAUGAUGGGAGGGACCAAUACUAUUGCACUGCACAACACCUGUGAGGACUCUCUUCUAGCCAGCCCCAUCAUUCUGGACCUGGUGAUCCUGACUGAGCUUUGUCAGCGGGUGACUGUCCGACCCCAGGGGGAGAAGGACUUCCUGUCUUUCCACAGUGUCUUAGCAGUGCUCUCCUUCCUCUGCAAGGCCCCCCUGGUCCCAUCAGGGACACCAGUCAUCAACGCCUUUUUCCGCCAGAGGGCCUGCAUACUAAACAUCAUGAGAGCGUGCCUCGGCCUUCCUCCUCAGAACCACAUGCUGCUGGAGCACAAGCUGCAGAGAAACUUCCUGCUUCCACAUACCUCCAACAUCAAUGGCUAUGUGGAUACUUUGGAAAAGAAAUGGAUGUAAAACUUAAUACAAUUGUAAACUACAAUUGGCAGUACAACUGAUACCUUGUAUAACAAGAACAAAGGCCCUUAUUGAUCUAUUGUUGCGAAAAUAACUACUUUGACAACUUUACAGAGUAAACUUGACAUUAAUGUAA